ACAACCUUCCUUACAAAUGGGUGCAUAGUAAUUAUUAUUAUAAUUUUUUAUUAUAAUUAUUACUCUUACAGUUACGUGAUGCAUUUCUGGUAUCAAAUUGUUGCUUUUAAUUUGCACCCCUGCAACGUACUCAUGUGUCCUCAUACCUGCGUCACCAACCUGCCCAAACCUAGACAGAAGCAGCCGGGUACAGAGGUGGGUCCUGCUUCCAUGAUAGUCGGAAACCUAGUGGCAGGAAAGAGGAUUGCACAGGCCUGUGGGAGAGAUGUUUCACAGCUGGAGGACAAUGAUCAGGUAAAGCUCAACCCCAUUUCUCUAUCUCAAACCACAGAGGUCAGACUUUAGCGUACUUUAAAAAAAGAGUACUUAUUAUGGACAUAAUUAGUGCUGUCAAAUGA